AUGAGACGGGGACGUCCACAAAGAAACAAUCCAAAUCUCAAUGACAACACCGGGAAUGAUGCAGAAGCAAAUGUUGGCGAUGGAAACUUAAUACAAAAUUUGAUUACUGCACUCCAAGGUUUUGUCCAACAGCAAACUCAAGUGCAUAAUCUUCCUAACAAUGCACCGGCUCAAAUACAAACCAAUCAAGUGAUUGAGCAGUUCCGUCGUUAUGCACCUCCAAGAUUUGAUGGAAAGAGUGGGCCGUUAGCACUUGAGGAGUGGGUGAUGGAAUUGGAAAGGAUAUUUGAGCACAUAGAGUGUGCUGACGCGCACAAAGUGUCCUGUGCAACUUUCCAAUUCACUGAAGAUGCCGGUCAUUGGUGGAGGUCGUAUAAGAAUGGAAUGACUGAGGCUCAGCGUCAAGGACUUACUUGGAAUAGGUUCAAGGAAGUUGUAAUGGACAAGUAUUUCCCACGUUCGUACCGAAAUCAAAAGCAAGCAGAAUUCCUGGAUCUCAAACAAGGAACCAUGUCAGUCACAGAAUACGAGAGAAAGUUCAAUCUUUUGGCUCGCUAUGCUACUCGUAUGGUGAAUACUGAGGAUCUUAAGGCUGAUCGGUUCUUAAGAGGGCUUCGACCUGAAAUUCGGGGUAUUUUGGCGGGACAAGAGAUUGUGGAUUAUGGAUUGGCGGUGAGACGAGCUCACGAGGUAGCAACUGGUUUGGAGACUGAUGUUGUGCCAUUCAAAGCUGGAGACAACAGUGGGAAGAGAAAGUUUGACAUCAGUAACAAGGGGAAGGAAAACUUUCCAAAUAAGAAGAUAGGAGAAGUACGUCCAGGAGGAGCACAGCGACCUCAGUGCCCGGAAUGCAAGAAGUUUCACGCAGGCAAGUGUCUGUGGAACAAAGGAGUUUGUUUUAAUGUGCUGAGCCGGGACAUUUUGCAAAUACAUGUCCUAAAGGAAGAGCGAAUGAGCCAAGAACUGGAGGAAAUGCACGAUUGUUUGCUUUAACACAGCAGGAGGCUGAAGGAAAUGAUGGAACUAUGUCAGGCGAGGAGCAGGGAGAUGCGUGAUGGAUGUGUGUGGUGCUUAGGAUAUUUUAAUCAUGCUUUCUAUAGUAUCAUUAAAGACUCUUUGUUGGGUAAGAAAAAUUUAGGAUUUGAAGUAAGUUUAUUUUGACGGUAAAGUUUAAGAAUUUCUAGUGAAUCAUAUUUGACUUUCUUAUAUAAAGUUAGGUACUUUGAUAAAUUAGUGUUAUGUUUUCAAUCUAGUGUGUAUGGUAUUUUUCUAAAAAUGAUAUUUGGUUGUUUUACCUUCGAUUAUUAGGUUCUCUACAGGGUUUUGAAAUUAGAUUAUUUGAGUUUUCAAUAUUUUUACGAAAAUACUAUAUGAUAUUUAAUUAGAUCAAAGUUUAUAUUUAGGGUGUUACAUUUAGUGGUAUCAGAGCAGGUCUACGUUUCUGUAGACUU